AUGGCAGAUGAGCUUGCCUUAAUCGAUGUUCUAGUAACUGAAGGUGACUUGACCAUCUAUGCUCUUAAUGGUCUUCGUAUUGACUUCAAGGAGAUUUCUCCAGCAAUCCGCGCCCGAGAAACCGCCAUCAAUUUUGAAGAACUUCACGAUAAGCUUGUUGAUUAUGAAGAAACUCUCAAGAGAGAAAGCACCAGUUCUUCAGGUGGAGAUUUACGAACUCCACAGUUUGAUGGUGCAAACUAUGAUUUUUGGGCUGUCAAAAUGGAGACCAUCCUCAUAGCACAUGAUCUAUGGGAUGUAGUUGAGGUCGGAGUACAACCUCAGCCAGUUCUUGAGGAGGAAGAAGGCUCUGGAGGUGAAGGAAGUAAGGCUGAGCAAGUUCCAGUGGAAGCACCCACCAUCUCCAGAGAAGACAGAAUCAAAAACGCCAAGGCACUAAGUCUCAUUCAAGGAGCUUUAACUGAUGAGCUCUUCCCUCGCAUCAGAAAUGAAAAGACUGCAAAAGGAGCUUGGGAUACUCUGAGAAGAGAGUACAGAGGAGAUAAAAAAGUAAGAGCAGUAAAACUUCAAGCAGUUAGAGCAGAUUUUGAGUAUAUGAGAAUGACAGAUGGUGAAAGCCUAGAUAGCUAUUUGUCUAAGUUUUUUGGAACUGUGAAUAAUUUGAAAUCACUUGGUGAAGAUGUGUCUGAAACAAGAAUUGUGCAAAAACUCUUGAUGAGCCUAGGUAGAAAAUAUAAGUCCAUUGUGUCUAUCAUUGAAGAAACUCGAGAUCUUGAUGUUCUUAGAGUUGAAGAAGUUAUUACAUCUGUCAAGGUCUAUGAUAAAAGGGAAGACUUGCAUGAUGAAAGGGAUAAAUUGACAGGAACUGAGAAAGCUUUCAGUAGCCUAAAGGUUGGAAAUAACCAAGUUCAUGGCACUCAUAAGGGCUCACAAAGUAGACCAAAUCAAAAGUGGCAAGGACAAGACAAAAAGGGAUCAAAUUGGUCUCAAAAUGGAAGCUUGAACAACAAUAAUGGCUCAAGCUAG